GCUAUUCAGUUGAAUUUUGGACUCGAGAGACUUCGGAUCGAAGCUCAACCUGGGAUUUGGAAGUUUUCACCUUGUUAUAAAACCACACAGUUGGGCACUUUCCCCCUUCUCCAUACAAUUCACAUACAAACGGCAAUGCUGCAACCUCAGAAGAUGCAUAUUCUGCUGCUGCUCUUGGCCAUGAUGCACUGCAUCUGUGCGGUGCCCUUAGCUCCUGCCACGCCCGAUGGCGCCACGCCCAUCGACGCCCGCGUCUCCGCCGCCGACUUCGGCGCCCAGGAUGCCUUCGAUGCCGCCGAUAGCUCCGCGGAAUCCACCCACGCGCAGGCCAGCGAGUCCGGGUUCAAGAUCUCUCUCCUGCCGACUCCGGCUAAAACGGCGGAAUCGGUGAAUCUGGAGCAGGAGGCCAUUCCCUCGAAGGUGCUGAGCGUGUACGACAACAGCCAAAAGAAGCUGGCCGAUUUGGCGCAGCCCGUUCCCAUUUUGGACUCCAUCAGUGAGCACGAGAAGUACGGCAACAACGGCGACAUGUUCGACGGCAUCUCGCGAUCCAUUGUUAACGGCUACGAGGCCUUUUCCAACCUGCUCAACACCUUUAUUCAGAAGCCCAAAGAGUUGGCGCGCAGCGUGACGAAGGGGAUCACGGCUCAAUUGGAUAUCAUAGGAGGCAAAUUGGUGGGCCUUUGAUGGCUUGUAAUUUAAAUAAAUACUUUAAUUUAUUUGUAACUUAACACGAACAUGUUGUGUAGGAAUGCAUUUCGAUAUAAAUAUUUGUAUGUAUGAAUAAAAUAAUCAUACGCAUAUUAGUCAUGUAAUAUUUGCUUUAACUAUUUGCUCCCACCUCCUCCACUUCGUCUUCUCUUCUCGCUUUCCUCACGCUUUUCGGGCAGUUGCGGUUUCUGCUAUUUCGAAUACUACAGAGUUCCAUAAAGUAACAUAAGUAUUGUAUAAUUAUGUAUAAAUAUAUAG